CACGAAAGAAAAAGCCAAAAAAUUCUACGCCAAGGCGUAUCGUAUCGGCAAACAGUUCGAAGAAAAAGCGAAUUUCCCCUGUGAAAAUUGUCAUCCAAAGCGUCGAACUCGGGUGCACAGCUUGCAUCGGAUCGCAUUUGUUUCCCGGAGUUAGAAAUCCGCACGCAAAAGGAGAAGAAGGAUGGGUAAGUCGAAAAAGAAGUACGAAAGCAGUAGCAGUUCCAGCUCGUCGGAUGCGUCCGACUCGAGCGACAGUACCAGCUCCGAGGAUGUGGACGUGAAGAGGAGGAGCAAAAAGAAGAAGAGCAGCAGCAGCGGCCGGAAACACAAGAAGGCUUCGACGAAGACACAUGCCAGCUCCGGCACGGAAGCCGAUUCGGCCAGUGAGCAGUCGAGUGAUGAUGCAGUAGCUAAGGCGGCGGCCGUCGCAGCAGCUUCCAAGAAGAAACACAAAAAGAACAAAAAACAGAAGAAAUCUAAGAAGCACAAGAAACACAAGGUACGUGCCGAAUCGGAAGACGAAAAGCGAGUACAUGUGGAAGAAGAGGAAGAAGAAGUGAUUGAGGAGGUCGUCCCGGACAGAAGACACCGGACUGCUUCGUUAGAUGACUACAGGAAAGAUCGGGAGACAUAUGGACGAAGAGGAGCGGUUCGGGAGGAACGGGAACGAUCUCCUGUGGAGAGAGAUCGAAAUCGAGGCCGAGAUCGUUCUGGUGGGAGCAAUCAACAGAAGCAUCCCUCCUCCAAAUGGGACAGCCCGGCCGAUGGCGGAGAGUACCGACGAAAGCGGUCACAUUCCCCUCGGGAACCGUCGGGUGGAAGCUAUAGUAGAUCUGGUCAUCAGCAGCGCGGAAACUACGAUGAUUAUCGUAAAGCACCGCGUUCACCUCCGCCAAGGGAAUCUCCCCCUCCGCCACCUCCGGCUUCGCACGGCCGUGGGGAGUUCGAUCGGGGCGGUAGGGGUGUAGGAGGACGUGGAGGACGAGGCGGAGGUCGUUACGAAGAUCGUCAUCAUUCGCCUCCGCCACCACCCCCACCGCAUCAGCAGGAAAGACGUUGGGGUGGCGGCGAUCGGUUCGAAGACGACCGUGGCCGCGGCGGGGAAGAAUUUAGAAAGCCCUCCCCGAGGAGGAGGUUUGAGGGGGAAGAACGCCGGUUCGAGGGCGGACGACGGGGUUCACAUCAGUACACUCCGCAGUCCCAACCACGGGAACGGUAUGACGAUUACGGAAGUCGGGAUCGAAAUCCGCGGGAUCGCUUUCAGCGAAGGGACGAAUUCGAAGAUCGCGGUCCGCGUCGUCGGAAUUCGUCUCCGAUGGGAGGAGGUCCUCCGCCUCGGGGUGGACGCGAUCGCAGUCCCAUGCAGCAUCCAGAUUUCGGUGGUCGAGGCGACUUUGGUCGCGGUGGUGGCGGUGGGUAUCGGGAUCGUUUCGAUGGCCCUCCGGAGCGCGGUCGUUUCGGUCGCGGCGGUCGUGGUGGUGGUCCAUAUGAUCGUGGUGGUCGCGGCGGUCGUGGUGGUCGUCGGGGGUUUUCCCACGCGGAAGGCGGUGGUUUUCACUCGGAUCGAGAGAUGAGCGGAGACCAUCGUAAACCGCCGGCACCGGGUGGCUGGGGCCGAAGAUCGCCUCCGCCCUCUCCGAGGGGAUCUGCAUCGCGUUCGAGAUCCCGUGAUCGAAAUGGUGGUGGUGGUGCUGGUGGUGCCGGUCGUGGCCGUGGCGGCAAACGUGUCAGUUCGCCGCCGCCGGUGAAGGUGGAACGGGGAUCGCAUUCCAACAGUCGAAGUCGGAGCCCGGGCCGACAGGCGCCUCCACUGCCGCAGCGUCAGAGGAAGGUUCCCAAGAAGGAGGAGCGGGAAGAGGACGAAGGAGAUUAUGACUGGGGCGGCAAACGGAAGCAACCCAAACGGGAAGCGGGAAGCCGCGCCGGCAGCCACGACUCGGACGACAAAGCCCCGGAGGAUAAGGAGAAACCGAACUUUGCCCUGUCCGGAAAGCUUACGGAAGAGGCGAACAAGGUAAACGGCGUAGUCAUCAAGUACGCCGAACCGCCGGAAUCCCGUAAACCCAAGCGCCGCUGGCGUCUGUACCCGUUCAAGGGUGAACAGGCCCUCCCGACGAUGUACAUCCACCGGCAGAGCUGCUACCUGAUUGGCCGGGACCGGAAGGUGUGCGAUCUGCCCAUCGACCAUCCGUCCUGUUCGAAGCAGCACGCCGCCCUGCAGUACCGAUUGGUUCCGUACGAGCGGGAGGACGGAACCAGCGGCAAGCGGGUUCGGCCGUACAUUAUCGACCUGGAAUCGGCGAACGGGACGUUCGUGAACAAUAAAAAGGUCGACACCAAGAAGUACAUUGAACUUCUGGAGAAGGACGUGCUCAAGUUCGGUUUCAGCUCGAGAGAAUAUGUACUGUUGCAUGAAAAUAGUAAGGAAGACGAAGAGGAUGAUGACGUCGUGGAUGACAAGGGCGGUGCAGGAGCGAGCAAUGGAGGCAGCAAUGCUCGAGCCAAGCGGGAACCGAGCGAGUAAACAAGAUGAGAUGGAAUCGUACUCGAGUUUUGAAUUUAACCCAAUUGUACGGAACAACUACCGGAUGGAAGCAAGAAGCAUUCAAUUUAUUCACACAAACACACAGCAAGCAAAAUCUACAGUUCUUAUCAAUGUUCGUUCACUGAAUUGUCGCGCGGCCCAAAGGAAGGGAAAGGAAUGGAAGUUUGCCGCAGCACAGCAGAUGUAUCUAGAUCAAACAAACAACAAUACAUAAAUAGUUUGUGUGUGUGUCUGUAUUAGCUUACUCUAGAGAGGAUUCAACAAAUAAAGUAUCUUAACCCCCC